AGGCAUCGAGUUCGCAGACGAGGGAGCAGUCGCAGUAGUACAUAGUUCAUGGUUGACGCCAAAAAAAAAGAAGUGUACUGGCCCCCAUACAAGCAACAGUAUAAAUAUGACCAGGCUUUGAUAAAAGCUGAAACUCCAAACGAACAACAAUGGAAAUUGCACACUGUUGCACGCUGUUUUUUUGAUUGUGAUGACUUACAUAAAGCAUACCAAAAGUUGAGACAAUGCCAAUACAGUUCGGACGUACAGAGUGAGGUUGAAGAAACAAAAACUGAAAAAAGAAAACGUAUCCCUGUAAAACGAAUGAUUAGUAGUGAGGACGAGUCAUCAGAAGCAAGUUCCUCUAAACUUCCUCGUCCUCCUAGAUUUGACAGUCCUAUUAAUACCUUCAAAGGGGAUGGACCACGAAACAAAAUUUCCGAGCCUUCAACUCCCGGAAUUCAAGGUAUUAAUAACACCAAUCUGGAACAUACAUCAUGCAUAACCAUCCUGUCCGAUGCAGCACGAAAUACCUCAGUUACUACUACUUCCACGCCAAGAUUAGAUCAAGCCGAUUUUGAGCAUAUUAGUGAAGAUAUUAGUGGACUAAAUACACCUGUAAAUACUCAUACAUCACGAUUAAGCCGAACAGGUUUUGAAAAAAAUUCUUAUCUUUAUUAGUUCAAAUAAAUGAGCAAAACAAAGAAAUAAUAUCUUUGCUAAAACAGGGUUAUAAUGGAAACACAUCUGGUAAUACAUCUCGGCGACUAGAACUACCUAUAAAAUUUCCCAUCAAUUCCAACGAAGAAUUGGCACAAUUGGAAUCUUAUUAGGAAAUUGUGGCUAAUGCUUCUAAUUUGGUAUCAUUCUUAUCUUCGAUUGGUGGUAAGGAUGCCACAUCGAAAACAAACAGGAUUUUAAAAUAUAUUAUUACAAAUAACUUUGCAUCACAAUUUUCCUUUUAUGGAAAACGGUCGCAAAAAAUGCCGUUUGCAAAUUUAAAAUGUAAAAGUGUUGUAGUUGAUGCUGUGAAGAAAACGUCCCCAAAUGCAACUCUUAAGGAUAUAGAAGAUUGCAUUAAAAUUUGGUUGAAGCAUUCACCGCAACGUUUUAAAUUAGAGGGAAAAGCCAAUUUGAUGGAGAAUACAAAUCAAGGCCUCCAAUAGAAAGUUUUUCCGCCGAAUAGGAAACACCUCAGGUGCCUGUUGAGUUAUCUAAUGAAAAUGCACUCGACCAAGAAGCUUCAGGAACUAAUGCAGCCACUCAGGAGGAAAUACCAUCAACAUCAAAAAUGACAAAUACUAAAAGGCAAAGAAAAAGCUUAGACAAGGCUAAAGAAGAAGUACUGAAAAAGGCAAAUAAAUUACUAGAUGAUACGGAACAAGAGUGGGAAAUAAUCGGAAAAUCCUUAGGACUCCAGUUAAGUACAGUGGAUCCACAGCAAUCAGCUAUUGCUAACAAAUUAAUUUCUGAUGUUAUUUUUUACGCCAAAUUGGGGAAAUUAACUGAAAAUGCAUCAAUUAUAUUGAAUCCCGCAGUCCAGACACCGUACCAUUACCAAUAUUCUUCGUCAUCGCCGUCGUCCCGCCAUUCAGUAGCAUCUGUAUCUACUCCAAGAGUGUCUCAGUAUUCAGCCUCAUAUUCAGCACCUCCCAGUAUUUCGAUGGGACCAAUAUCCCUUCAAUACUUGGCUUCAGGUUCGACACCAACAACAAAUCAAACAGCAAGUUUUUACCCUGUCGACCGAACACCUACUGUCGUCCAUCCAACAACUUUCGAUCAACCACCUCCUGAAGAUACCGACAUAAUAUCUCAGUAUCUUGUGUUUAAAUGAUUUCAAUAAAAAUUUAAUUAUCAAAAGUGUAUAUAUUUUUUUUAACUUACCUUUA